AUGGAGAUGGGAGAGUCUUCCACUUCCACAGCUCGACAGAAAAAGAGAAAGCUAGGAAACGCGUUUGAUGGAAUUUCGCCGCAAGCACCAUCAUCAUCGUUGAGAGCAAUGAAGAAGGGGCCAUUCGAUGUCUUUAUUAAUCAUCGCGGUUGUGAUACUAUGCACAAAUUAGCCAGCACUAUCUAUCACUCACUUGAUAUGGCUGGAUUGAGGGCUUUCCUAGAUGUCGAAGAGUUGGAACUGGGCGAUUCUAUCCCAGAUGAGAUACAGAAGGCAAUGCGCACUGCUGCAGUUCAUAUUGCUAUUUUUUCAGAGAGGUAUGCGGAAUCUCCUUGGUGUCUGGCCGAGCUAUCCUAUAUGCUCGAAACUGGCACUCCAAUUAUUCCCGUCUUCUAUCUUGUUGAUCCCAGUGAUCUCCGAUGGGUGGCUCAAGACAAAGGGCGCUAUGCUCCUGCGUUUUCCCAUCACAAAAAGAAGCGUAGGUACACGUCAAAGAUGCUGAGAGAGUGGAAAAGCGCGCUGCAGAAGGUCUCAUAUCUCUCUGGUUACAUGCUCAACAGCGAUGAUGGCGACGAAGAGAAGCUUCUGUAG